UAUACUGUCACUGAAGCUUCUCCUUCGAGGGAACUCCCUAUUUCCAAUUGGCAACUCUAAAAGCAAUAACCAACCACAGUGACAAAGUACCAUUACCUAUAUAAAUAGACAAAUAUACCCUCCUUAGGUAUUCUGAAUUUGGUAUAUUGAUCAAAGUAAUUGCAUAGGGCCCUUUUUUCCAUAACUUAUAUCAUAAACCAACCUCUAUUAACCAAAAAUUUAGGUCAGAUCAGAUGAACCUAUUUGACCACCGCAAAAAUGGGUGCCCAUAGUUUUUUUUUUUUCUUAAUCUCUAUGGGAAAAGAAAACACCAAUUGUGUGUUUUGAUCAUAUCCGCAACCUAGUUGCAUUCCAAUACUAAUCUACUCUCUUUUGCUCUUUUUUUGAGAUCAAAAACCAAACUUUAUCGGCUCAACUUUCCAACCAAUAAGUCAUCUACAACCAAACUUUCAAAGUCUCUUACUUUUUUUUAAUAGUUCUAAUUCUCAACUCACCCCAACAAAGUUAUUUGUAUUGUGUUCUAAGUUGUCAAUGGUACUCUUGGAACAUACCUUUGCAAAACUCUACAACAAGCUGGAGAAUCAUCACGACCACAACCACCAUCAAAAUCAGACCAACCAUGAUCAUUAUAACCAACCUGAGAAGUUCUUAGCUUCCUUGCAUGCUUUUAGAUGCGAGGUUUCCAGAUUCAUAGGACAGUUAUCACUUGAUGUGUUGAAACCAGGAGGAGGACCGUCAUCAUCAGAGAUCUUUUUCUUGUCCUUGACAUGGAUUGAGAAGUGUUUUGGGAUCUUACCCUUCACAAACAAGGCUUUUGCAAAUCUUGUUGUGGAUAUAGAUUACCCUUUAAGUACAUGGGAGGUUGGUUCCAUUGAAGGGUAUCUCAGCUACAGUUUGUGUUUGUUGGAGAUUUUCAAUUCAAUUUCUUCAUCACUUUCUCAUCUUGCACAAUCAAGGCUUUCUCUUGCUCAUGGUUUAUCAGUUUUAGAGGAUUCUUCACUUCCAUCUUCUAUGGCAACAAAGCAUCUGAAACCAAUUGAGCCAUGUUGUUCCAAUUUCAAUGUCAAUUUUGCCAACGAAUUGAGCAAAGAAAGUGAUCAAGGAAGGAUUUUUAGUGGCAAAGAAUGGGUUGUUAGUGAAGCUUUGAAGGAAAUGAAGAGUCUUGGCUUUUGGGUAUGUGGGAUUUUGUUGUCUGGUUUGUGUAGUAAUAAUAAGCCAUAUAUGGAGUUAAGAGAAAUUUUAGGUGGCUUUGAUGGUUCUUUGGUUGUGACGCUUGAUUCCAAGAUCAAUGAACAAAUAAUGGAGAAAAUUCCUGUGUUGAAGGAGGUGAAGGAGAUCAAUGAUUCUGUUGCUCCAGUUCUUGUUGAGGAUUCAGAUGUUGCUGCCAAGGAAAUGCAAACAAAGCUGCAAGUGUUGGAGAAUCUAUGUGAUGUUGUAAGAACUAUGGUGGAUGAUAUGUUCAACAAGGUAAUGACACAGAGAACUGAAUUAAUAGAUUGUCUUAGAUUGACGAAAGGACCCAAAAAUUCUGUUUGAUUGUUUGAUUUGAUUUCCUGUGUAUAGACUUAUAGUUUCAUAGGGUCUUUUAAGUUUUGUAAUGUUUUCAAAGUGUAUGAUCUUAAUUUAACAAGUAAUGUAAAUACUAAAGAUUUCAUUGCAUUA